GUCAGGUCACGGCAUAAUCGGUAUCGGUCGUAGUCGCACUGAAUCCCCCAAUGAAGUUAAACGUGAAGAAGGUACGAGCCAGUGAUGACCUCAUCUGUCAUUUUCUGUCCAAUCUACAGAACCGUACCGGAGGAUACCUAUGGCCCCAAUUGACCCGCGUGCCUAUUUUCCCUCCAAUGUAGUUUCACCAUCUUUUCUCUUUCCAUUCUACUACAUAGAAAAUCGUGAACGUGAUCGUCUCCAAUUCUUAACUUGCAUACUUUUCAUUUUCAUCUAAUCGUAUUCGUAAGCAAAUGUCAAGAAGCAUGUGCAACGAAAAAGUUGUAACCCAAGCAGGACGACUUGAUGAUAUACUAAGAUUUGUUUUUGCUCUUUUGUGUACUUCCUUGUAGAUUUGUUCCUUUGGCAAAAAUCAUUAUUUUCCAGGCGUGUCAAUAUUUAGUAGAGAUGAAAGCGUCAUCUAGUCUCGGUAUCUUGUCAAUCCCCGACGACCCAAGGUUAGGCUCCUCCUUUCAGUGGCUGCGUCUGUGACAAAUCUAUCGGUCUCGGUGGGUUUAUCUGUUUUAGAAAACCUAUUGAAUAAUUGGUCCACUUCGGCUGUGAAGACCUGUCUGUGAUUUAUUCCCGAACAAAUAGCUCUCGUCCUCCUAACCGUAAUUGUCUCACCUCAUCAUGUAGCGCCCCCCCCUCUUCGAGCUGCGCCAACUAUUGCGGUUUGUAGUUCCCAUAUUAUUCGUACUUCUGGUACUACUCAAUCCAUAAGAUCUCACGAAGAUUAUUCCGUAUCAAGAUGCGCUAGUGAAAUGCUGAUUAUAAAUAUUUAUUUGUCUACUUGUACUUCCUACUUUUAAUUAUAUAAUUACGCAAUUUUCAGAAGCGAAUCAUACUGCUUCUAUUUGUGCUUGUGAACAAUGUGCUAUCUUUCCCUCUUGGUUUGAACUUGAUAGGUCAGUGUGUCGUGUGUGAUUCGUUUAUUUCGUCUCCCUCGUAGAUCUUGAUGUUAAUUCUUGUCUCUUAUAGUUGCAGUUUUGAUAGAGCAGAAUAACAACAAAAGCAGCACUCAAGCUGGACAUCACGACCUGUUCUUGACGCAAGGAGAAAGCAAGGACAGGGGCGAUCAUGUUUGCAGCUGCGGUUGGGGGUGCGACUGUGGCCGCCGCGACUGCAUCAAGAAGAUCAAGGUCGAAGGAAAGGGAAGGGAUACACUCCAUGGGAGAUCCAUACUACGAUCAGAAGAUGAUUAACCAGCAGCAGCAGUUCAAUUCUGAUUAAGGCAUACACUCAACGGGAUUAGUUCUACUUAAGAAGCUCUUUUUUCUAGUGGAUUGUUUGAUCGAUCGUCAUCAUGCAAAACAGGAAUCAAUGAGUUAUUUUACAUGGAAUCAAUAUAGAGUACUAACUCGUUGUAUAACUCUCAGUCAGAGUCAGUUGAGUCUGCUAUGCCUAUGCGUGAUGUGAGUUGUGAAGUCGACACCGAAGCGCUUGUUCCUGAAGAUGAAUCGGCUGUAGUGUUUGUCCUGAACAAAGAUGUUAGCAUGAUAUUGUUGAAGAUUUUAUAAGGUCAAGCUCUAAAUCUAUCCUGCAGGUCGAGAUCAGCAUCACUUUCAAUCGGGAACUAUGGGAGAAGCCGCGAAUAACUACGGCAACCCACCAAGUGGUGGGGCGCCCCCGGGAGCAGUCGAGGAUACUAGUCUUUCAUCCGCUGAGAACGAGCGGAGGCCUCGCCCUCCGGUCUCGCAGGCAUCAACAAUCACCAGGCGAGGAAAGAAAAAUCCUGCAUUCUACGAAUUGAGGAGAGAUAACUGCUUCACUGGUAUUUCAUCAUUCAAGUUCUUAAUGCUAGCGCUAGGUAGACUUGAAUAAUUGAAAUCGAUGCGUUCUUUCACGACCUCCUUUGCCUUUGCCUUUCAAUGCUCAAGGUCAAGUCCUGAAUCAAUUUGUCACUGACGGACCUUCUUUUUCUUUUUCUUCGCCUUUUCAUACAUCCAAAUCUCCACCUCGCAUGAUCCUGAUUCAAAUUACAACUUCACUCUUAACAGAUAUUGCUAUGGCGCAGUGGUUCGAGAAUACGGCACUUUUUGUGAUCGUGUUGAACGCUCUGUGGAUAGGUGUAGAGGUCGACUUGAACUCAGGGGACGACAGCAAUAAAGACGUUUUCAUCGCUGUCGAGAACAUAUUCUGCGUACUUUUUACCGCAGAAAUCGUUAUCCGUCUGCUCUCCUACAAGAAGCCUCUUUUUUUUUGCACCGACAAAGAGCUGCGGUUUUGGAACAUCUUCGACAUGGUUCUGGUACUCUCGUCUUAUAGACAGUGUAAGUGUAAGUAUACUACUUUGAUGAGCGGUGCUUCUGUGUGCUUUCGGUAUCAGUUACACAGAUGGCCGCCCUUCCUUAGUUUGUACUUAGACGACAAACACGGUCAAGUUAGAUUGUGAUGGAUGAAGGUUCACAAUGAUUUCUUGCGAUCAAUCAUUUUUAUCUGAUAAUAUCAUUAUCAAGUGUUCUAAAUCCGAUUGAAUUCUACAUUAUGGGUGUAGGGAAUUCAUCUCGUCCAAAGUCAUCUGAAAGAAAAAGACAAGUGAAAAAAGGGAGCCAGAUGAAUCCCCAAUCGCUCUAACUACAACUACAUCACGGCUCCCCUGCGCCUGCUGUCAGGUCCUGUUGAUGGUGAUUGAGAACUGGAUUCUCUCGUGGGCGCUAGAAGACGAGGACGGCGCGAUGAGUUCCCUGUCUGCCCUCCGUUUGUUAAGGCUUCUCCGAAUCUCUCGUAUUUUUCGCAUGGUUCCGGAGUUGGGGAUGAUGGUCAAGUCUAUGGCGGCUGCUGCUAGGUAAAUAAUCACAAUCUCACUAGAGGAAUCGUUUUGAAGCUAAUUUUACUAGCACUAUAAUGCAGGAGACUUCUCAAAUCUAAAUCAAUGUAUGAUCAUAUUAGUACUGUCACUCAUAUAGUCAAAUCAACUACCCAGUCCCAUUUUUCCACGAGCUACUCAGAAUUGUAUACCAAAAAACUCAAACAUCAUUAUACGACCCCACUAUGACGACCAGGUCAGUGUCGUCAACAAUGGUUCUCGCGGUCGGUCUCAUGUACGUUUUCGCGGUUCUUUUCACUCAGUGGGGUAAGAAUAAAGAACACUUUAAUGGAAAGUGCGAUCCAGAUCUUGAUCCAGACGACUGUGAUGGCGUCAAUUAUUUCGGAAGUUUAGGCUGGAGUUUCAUGUCGUUGAUGCAGAUUUUAGUACUACUGCUUAUACAUUAUGAUUUGCUUUGUCUUUGAUUCGGUAUCGCUGCGGCAAAAAGCUAUUUACCGAUUAUAAUAGGAUGCAGAUGCACACGAUGUCGAUGGUGUUACAGAUACCACUUAGUAUCUAAUUUUUGAAGUUGAAGCUAACUCCUACUAGAUUAUAUGUGGAACGAACAACAUCGUGACUCGGAAGGUCCGAUGAAAAUACACAAGAAUUAUUAACAUCAUAUCAUCCAUAAAAAGGUGUACGACGACACUUUUGCGCUCAUUCGAAAAACCUAUAUCGCAAAUCCAUUGAUGGGGCUGCUGCUGAUUCUCUUCAUCCUAGUUGGUACGUAUCGGUUUGAUUUGGCUAGCGUAACUCACAAAGCUUUUGCUGUACAUCAGUACUGCAGAGUUGCAAAUCGCAUAGAGAGAAUUGUCGUCUAUGAUCAAUGACCCUACUCUAGCCCACAGGAGUUAUCCUACUUCUUCGUCGACGUAAAAUUCAAUAACAACUACAAUCUAAAUCUUCAAAAUCAUCACGAAUAAGCCACUUCGCACGCCUCACGACUCACAAUCUAAAUCAUCACUUCUCACGACUUCUAGGUGCUUUCACCGUUCUGAAUAUGCUUAUCGGUGUCAUUUGUGAGAUCGUGAGCACCACAAAAGCUGAGGAGGAAGAAAAGCUUUUGAUGUCAAAGGUCGAAGACCUCUUUGCCCAGAUGGACGCGGAUGAAAGUGGAACUAUUAGUAGAGACGAAUUUGAAGCGAAAACGGUAUCUAUUUCUUUUUGUAAAUGAGCAUGCAGCUCUCACUGCCAUUUAUAUUGAAAAUGGAUUGGAAUCAGAGGAUCGCUUUUCAUCGAACAACUCCUGUAGUGAUUGUUUACUGCAUGCGUUCAACUUCAAUGGCAUCCAGGAUGAUCUUGACCAUCAAUUUCCUUCCACCGAAAGAAAACACAAAACAGCAACUGCUCGAGAAACUGGGCUUGGAUCACAGCACGAUCCGCCUGGCGUUCGAGCUGAUUGACGACGAUCGAUCGGGAACCCUUGAGAUGCAGGAGUUUAUCCAUAUGGUCUUCAGGCUGUUGCAUCCACCAGCAGCUCAGGAUCUCUUAGUUGUAAAACGAAAUCUAGCAAAGCUCUGCGACAGUCUCGGAUGCGAUGUCUUUGACGCGCCCCCACCGAUGAAAGCUAGCAAGGCCGCAAAAGCUGCUGCGUACUAUAAAUAUAUAAUUGAUCUGCUUAAGAAAAUAUUGUUGUUUGAGGAUGUCAAACAUGUUAGUAUGAACUAACGCGAAUCAAAAAUGUCAUUGGUGAUGAGUCAUAAUGUCUUUAUCCACCUUUCCUAAUCCUAAAAAAUUUCGGUUUGCAUUAAUAGCAUCCAUCCUUUCUCAGACUCAACUCACACUUAUGUCACCACCAAUGAACAGGCGAGAGCGAGAGGCACAAGCCACAAGAGAGGAAGGCGGCAAAGGCGGAUCCAAUAAUUUUGUGAAGAAGUUAAGGGUUUCCCGCGUUACAUCCUUCUCUAGCGUCCCUGGCUCUUUUUUCAGUAGAAAAGAAGUCAGGGAUGUUCAUCUGAGGAAUGUAAUUUCGUAACCUCUAAAGGAGUCAAAGACUUUUAGUAACGUGGACGGAAGCGUGGCCCAGUAUAGUAUUGAACACGUCGAAGGAGCGAUUCGAUCAGCAGUAAGCACUGCAGUAAAGGAAGAGCUCGCGAAUGGUGGAACACCUAUGGCGGGAAGCUACAGUGCGCCGAAUGCGCUAAGAACAACGGUAGUAAAAGUAAGGUUAUUUCGGUUUUGUUGAAAUUGAAUUUCAGGCAUCUUUUUGUUCCUGUCUACCAUCAUGAAUGAUCUAUCCUCAGAGGUAUGUUGUAUCAUGAUCAUCGUUUGUUCCUUCGCAUAAAAAAACUAAUAUAUUUAUAAGAUAGUUCCUUCUUGUUUUUUCGUCAAAAUCAAAAAUUCCAACAUUGAAUCCACCUUUGUCCAACAUCCUCAUCCUCUUAGCUCGAUUCCUUCGAUAGUUGCGUGGGAGGACCAUCGGAGGUCGACGAUAUGCGCCGCGAUCUGAGAAAGCUUGGCGACACGGUCGGUCGUGUGGAGAUGGUUUUGACCAGUCUGCGAGACAAAUUGCAGGUCAAACGGCGAUCUUCGCAGCCGAGGCCCUCAGCGCUCACUGAUGGGACCGAUCCAAGUCGUGUGUAG